CCAGUCUUGUUUGAAGGGUCUCGGGCGGGCCCAUGUUGGUCUUUUAUAGGGGGUGACUUUCAGCAGAGUCUUGGCGGCCUCGUUGGUGGCUCUACUUUUAUAUCCAGUUAGCCCUUUCUCCUUGGCAGUCAAAGACAGAAGUGGCAAAAUGUCCAGCAAAAGGGCAAAGGUGAAGACCAGCAAGAAGCGUCCUCAGAGGGCCACUUCCAAUGUGUUUGCCAUGUUUGACCAGUCCCAGAUCCAGGAGUUCAAGGAGGCCUUCAAUAUGAUCGACCAGAACCGUGAUGGCUUCAUAGAUAAAGAGGACCUGCAUGACAUGCUGGCUUCAUUAGGUAAGAACCCCACUGAUGAAUACCUUGAGGCCAUGAUGAACGAAGCACCAGGUCCCAUCAACUUCACCAUGUUCCUCACGAUGUUCGGAGAGAAGCUGAAUGGCACAGACCCCGAGGACGUCAUCAGAAACGCUUUUGCUUGCUUCGACGAGGAUGGAACAGGUUCUAUCCAAGAGGAAUACCUCAGGGAGCUCCUGACCACCAUGGGCGACCGGUUCACGGACGAAGAGGUGGACGAGCUCUUCCGAGAAGCUCCUAUUGACAAGAAGGGCAACUUCAAUUACGUGGCGUUCACACGCAUCUUAAAGCACGGGGCGAAGGACAAAGAUGAUUAGGAAGGGACUGGAUUUUGGCUGAAGACCCAAUUCAGAUUACACUGUUCAUAAUACUUGCACAUCAUGUUUUACCGUUGUAGGACGAUUCGCACAUGUCGGCUUUAGAAGGAAGGCACAUAACACUACAAGGCGAGACUGAUAAACCUCAUGUCCUAUUAUACGUAUAUAUAUUUAUAACUACAUCAAAGUAAACAGCGGAGUCCUCAGGAGCUAAAUGAAGCUGUAGCAGUGUUACAAGGUUGAGAAAUAAACCCGGGAAUGAUCGUGGUCUACACGCUAGCAGCUUUGCUGUUACCUUUUUGCUAGGUUUUCCCAACAUUCAUCUCAAACCCAGUUAUUUAAAGGCCGCUUUGUGUUAAGCUUAACGUUAAGUCUGAAGUAUGACACUUAACAUUGCUGUAUUUCGUUGUUUAUGCACUAAUUAUUUAUACACUUUUUGUUUUGCGAUGCUAUUUAGAUAUAAAGUAAGAUAGGAAAUGUUUGAUAAGCGCGCACAGCUGAAAUAGUUGCCCAAACGUUAGUAAGGGUGCUUAUAUACCGAAAUAACCAAUGAAACGUAACCACGUGGUAGAAGCAGCUUGGUUGUGGCUUUCCAUUUGCGCCGAGUAAAGCAAUAAUCUCACUGCAAAAUCUCAUCGAGUGUGUCACUGAAAUAAAACACUUAUUAAUGCGGUUUUGAUUAAUUAUUAUUGCAAGUUACUCAGUUACAAGAAAGAGUGAGGGGAAAUGCAUAAGUGCGGCAGUAGGAUCGCCUCAGAGCUGCUUAUCACUCGGUUGGUCUUCUCAGGUUUUCUCAGAACAGAAACGCUCACGAUUGGUUGAGCCAGAUGACUGAUCUCUGCUCGAAGAAAACGUACCUCAGCUGUUUACUCUACGUGCACUUCAGGCUUAUCUAUCUAGGUAAUUAAUCUCGAAGACGUUUUUGCAACUCGUCCAAAAACCGUCGAAAUUCAUCACUGGGAAGUAUUCAGUUCGGCGGAAUGAAUGAAGUACAUUUCACAGACACUGUAGGGUUCUGACUUUUCAGGAUCUACUGCUUAGACGACGUGUAUAAUAUUGUGCAUUUGUCCUUAACGUAUGUACAAAUAAACGACAAAUAAAUUCAUAUAUUAUA